AUGAUCCCGCCCAAGUCGUUUUUGCUCCAGAAGUUGAGUGCGCCAUACGAUGGUGGCGCUAGUGCUGCUGUAGCACCAGUUUCUAAACAUGAAAAAGAUGAUAAUUUAAAGAAGAAACAAAAGGGUAAAGAGGCGGUCAAUAUUGGCUGGUUUUUAAAUCUCACACAGGAGGAGAAACUACCACUUGCUGUAGGUAUUACGGGCAUGACGAUUGCGUCUGCUACGAACUUGGUAUUUCCGCGUAUUAUGGGAAAAGCUAUUGAUGUGGCAUCUGGAAAACCGGCGCCCGGCGGUCUCAGUCGUAAAGGUUUUGUGGCGAUCGUACUCGCUACGUUCGUCACGGGUUCAGUAGGCUCGUUCCUACGCACAUACUCACUUGGUAUGGUGACUGAACGCAUUGCCGCUAAACUACGACGUAGACUCUACAAAGUGUUGUUGUUGCAAGAUACGGGCUUUUAUAAUAAUCGUAAAGUGGGAGAACUGGUGACGAGACUUAGUACCGACUGUCAGCAGAUAGCCAAUGCCGUAGUGGACGUAUUGUCCAAUGGUUACAGGUCAUUGAACUCGGCAGUAGGUGCGUCCUGUAUGCUGUUGACGAUCUCUCCCAAAUUGACACUGGUGUCGCUGACGAUCUUGCCAUUGGUGGGCACGGGUGCGAUGCUAUUCAGUAAAUUGUCGAGUCGGUUGACUACGAAGUACGAGAAAUCGAUCAUAGACAUGACGGGGGUGGUGGAGGAACGACUGAAUAACAUUUUUACAGUCAAGUUGUUCUCAGCGGAGCAGGAUGAGUUGCACCACUUUGAUAAGAUAAACCAGCACAUCUUGGCGAAUGCCAAACGUGCCAAGCGUUCUCGUGGUAUAUUCAUGGGUGGUCUUUCGCUGUCAAUCAACUGCUCGUUGUUUUCGGUGCUGUACUUUGGCGGAUCCAUGGUAGGGUCGGGCGAAUUUACCAUUGGAACGCUCACGUCAUUUGCUUUGUAUAGUGGAUUUAUGGGCCUCGGGUUCUCGGGUUUGUCAUCGUGCUUAAGCGAGAUGAAGAAAACGCGGAUGUCGUCAGAGGCACUAUUUGACUUGCUGUCGCUCCCGCCUGCUGUGGAUGGAGAGAAUACGCUGGCCAAUGUCACGGGCCAUGUGAGCUUCAACAACGUGUCGUUCGCAUACCCGUCGCGCCCGAAUAUCUUGGUGCUGAACCGUUUGAACAUGGAGAUCAUUCCUGGUGAGGUGGUGGCUAUUGUUGGUAAGAGCGGAGCGGGUAAGACUACGAUUGUAUCACUGAUGUCGAAGUUCAUCAAGCCCACAAGCGGUACGAUAACUCUGGAUGGUGUGGACACUGCUACGUUGAAGGCUUCAUGGUUGCGCAAGCAGAUUGGAGUUGUCAACCAGGAACCGUCGCUUUUUGCGUCUACUAUUGCUGAGAACAUCAUGUACGGUGCUGAGGUGCACAACAAGGAGCAGCUCGUUGCUGCUGCCAAGGAAGCACACGCGCACGAAUUCAUAAUGAAGUUACCAAAUCAGUACGACACGUUCGUAGGUGAAAAAGGUGUGGAGUUGUCAGGUGGUCAAAAGCAGCGCAUUGCUAUUGCCCGUGCGCUAUACAGGCGAACGAACAUCCUGCUUUUUGAUGAGGCCACGAGCUCUCUCGAUGGCCGCAGCGAGGACAUGAUUCGGCGUGCACUUGAGUCAGCGGCGGCGAAGCGGGCCGUUUUUGUUAUUGCGCACCGGUUAAACACAGUAAAGCAUGCCAGCCGCAUCAUUCUGCUGGAGGAGGGCGUUAUUGCCGAAACUGGCACCUUUGAGGAGCUGAACCAGGAAGGUACCAAGUUCUACAACCUAGCCCACAACCAAGCACCUUUGCUCUAG